CGCGAGGAAUCGCGCAUGCGUCGACGCCGGAGACGCUCCUGAUUUGACGGGCCCGGACUCGAGCACACGGCCCACUAUAUUGCAAGGCUGUCCGUUGGUAGCGCGCCGCCAUCUGCACCUGCCUACUCUGUUGUUUUGGUCGGAGCGCUGGGAGGGGUCAUUAUUUCGCAGCGAGCCGUGGGAGGAGGAGGCUUUUCCUGAGACACCGACAGAAGCGUGUGGCCACGGAUUCAGCACCACUAGAUAGAGGAAAGCGUCCGGCUCGGGUCGAUUUUCACCGUUCGCUGCGGGUUAACUGAACGGGAGGGCACCGAUCUUUGGACGUACCCGGUCGAACCAGGCGUUGUACGCAGUUUGUGGACCUGCUCGAGGCGUCAUCUCCAACAGUUAAAGAGACCAUGACGACCGCCACCUCCCCAAUACUCUUGAAGUGGGACCCUAAGAGUCUUGAAAUCCGCACCUUGACUGUGGAGAGGCUGUUGGAGCCUCUCGUCACACAGGUGACUACCCUGGUGAACACCAGCAAUAAAGGGCCAUCCAGUAAGAAGAAGGGCCGCUCUAAGAAGGCCCACGUCCUGGCAGUGUCUGUCGAGCAGGCUACACAGAACUUCCUGGAGAAAGGUGAGCAGAUUGCCAAAGACAGCCAGGACCUGAAGGAGGAGCUCAUCGCUGCGGUGGAGGAUGUGCGUAAACAAGGAGAGACCAUGCGCAUUGCCUCAUCGGAGUUUGCCGACGACCCGUGCUCCUCUGUGAAACGGGGCACCAUGGUGAGGGCUGCCCGCGCCCUGCUCUCUGCUGUCACCCGUCUGCUCAUCCUCGCUGACAUGGCUGACGUCAUGAGGCUGCUGGCCCACCUCAAAAUUGUGGAGGAGGCCCUGGAGGGGGUUAAAAAUGCGUCCAAUGAACAGGACCUGGCCAACCGCUUUAAAGAGUUUGGGAAGGAGAUGGUGAAGCUGAACUACGUGGCAGCCCGGAGACAACAGGAACUGAAAGACCCCCAGUGUCGAGAUGAGAUGGCGGCCGCACGCGGGGCUCUGAAGAAAAACGCCACCAUGCUGUACACGGCCUCACAGGCCUUCUUACGCCAUCCAGAUGUGGCAGCCACGCGUGCCAACCGAGACUACGUCUUCAAGCAGGUGCAGGAGGCCAUUGGAGGCAUUUCGAGUGCUGCUCAGGCCACCUCGCCCACUGAUGAGAAGCACGGCCAUGCUGGCAUUGGGGAAUUGGCCGCUGCCCUCAAUGAAUUUGAUAACAAGAUCAUCCUGGAUCCUCUGACAUUCAGCGAGGCCCGUUUCCGGCCCUCUCUGGAGGAGCGUCUGGAGAGCAUUAUCAGCGGUGCCGCUCUGAUGGCUGACUCGUCGUGCACGCGCGAUGACCGGCGUGAGCGCAUCGUGGCUGAGUGCAAUGCCGUGCGACAGGCCCUUCAGGACUUGUUGAGCGAGUACAUGAACAACACUGGCAGGAAAGAGAAAGGUGAUCCACUGAACUCAGCCAUUGACAAGAUGACCAAAAAGACCAGGGACCUGCGCAGACAGUUGAGGAAGGCAGUGAUGGACCACAUCUCAGACUCCUUCCUGGAGACCAACGUGCCUCUGUUGGUGCUCAUCGAAGCGGCCAAGAGCGGUAACGAGAAGGAGGUCAAGGAGUAUGCCCAGGUGUUCCGUGAACAUGCCAACAAACUGGUGGAGGUGGCCAACCUGGCCUGCUCCAUCUCAAACAAUGAGGAGGGCGUGAAGCUGGUUCGUAUGGCUGCCACUCAGAUUGACAGCUUAUGUCCACAGGUCAUCAACGCGGCGCUCACGCUAGCCGCCCGCCCCCAAAGCAAGGUGGCGCAGGACAACAUGGACGUUUUCAAGGACCAGUGGGAGAAGCAGGUUCGCAUCCUGACGGAGGCCGUGGACGACAUCACCUCGGUGGACGACUUCCUCUCUGUCUCAGAAAACCACAUCCUCGAAGAUGUCAACAAAUGCGUUAUUGCCCUGCAAGAGGGAGAUGUGGACACUCUUGACCGAACUGCUGGAGCCAUCCGGGGCCGAGCCGCUCGUGUGGUCCACAUCAUUAACGCCGAGAUGGAAAACUAUGAACCCGGGGUCUAUACUGAGCGCGUGCUGGAGUCAAUCAAGCUGCUGUCUGAGACCGUCAUGCCCCGUUUUGCUGAACAAGUGGAAGUGGCCAUCGAGGCGCUGAGCACGAACCCGCCGCAGGCCUUUGAGGAGAACGAGUUCAUCGAUGCGUCCCGUUUGGUGUACGACGGUGUCCGUGACAUCAGGAAAGCUGUGCUCAUGAUAAGGACCCCGGAGGAGCUGGAAGACGACUCUGACUUUGAACAGGAGGACUACGAUACUCGCAGCAGGACUAGUGUCCAGACUGAAGAUGACCAGCUUAUAGCCGGCCAGAGCGCCCGGGCCAUCAUGGCGCAGCUUCCCCAGGAGGAGAAGGCCAAGAUCGCGGAGCAGGUGGAGAGCUUCAGACAGGAGAAGUGCAAGCUAGACGCAGAGGUGGCCAAGUGGGACGACAACGGCAAUGACAUCAUCGUGCUGGCCAAGCAGAUGUGUAUGAUCAUGAUGGAGAUGACAGACUUUACCAGGGGCAAAGGUCCCCUUAAGAACUCCUCAGACGUGAUCAACGCAGCCAAGAAGAUUGCAGAGGCUGGUUCCAGGAUGGACAAAUUGGCCCGCGCCGUUGCAGAUCAGUGCCCUGAUUCGGCGUGCAAGCAGGAUCUGCUGGCCUACCUGCAGAGAAUCGCCCUGUACUGUCAUCAGCUCAACAUCUGCAGCAAGGUGAAAGCCGAGGUGCAGAACCUGGGCGGAGAGCUGAUCGUGUCCGGGCUGGAUAGCGCCACCUCCCUGAUCCAGGCGGCCAAGAACCUGAUGAACGCAGUGGUGCUGACCGUCAAGGCGUCCUACGUGGCCUCCACCAAGUACCAGAAGGUGUACGGGACGGCGGCCGUGAACUCCCCCGUGGUGUCGUGGCGCAUGAAGGCCCCCGAGAAGAAGCCGCUGGUGAAGCGGGAGAAGCCCGAGGAGUGUCAGACGCGCGUGCGACGGGGCUCCCAGAAGAAGCACAUCUCCCCCGUCCAGGCCCUCAGCGAAUUCAAGGCCAUGGACUCCUUCUAAGAAAAAAAAAGGUCACGCGUUGCCCGAGAGAAGAAGGCGACACGCGGCGGCGACGAGCUGAUGAAAAAGCCCCUUUUUACGUUGUGUUAACCCACCUCUGUUUGCCCCGCGCGUGCCCGGCGGCGCCACCGGGAGGACUGCCGUACGUCAUAACCUGCCGCAGCGCAGCUCUCGUGGAGACAGCCGGCACACACCCGACACUAUUUAUCGAUCUUAUUGUAGCUUAAUAUGUGAGAGCCUUCUUUUGAAAAAUAUGGGUGUUUAAAAAAAAAACAUAUCAAAGGACGAGUGGCAUUUAAAAAAAAAAAAACUUGUGGCGGUUGAUAUUCUAGCUAUAUCAUUAACGUGCUACCGGCUGGCUGCUUGUAAACACAUUUAAACUGUCUGAAUGGAAACCCUGAAUGGUUCAGUAUAGAGGUUAUUAUAAAGGGAAUAUCUCUUGGUAUGCUCCCUUUUGAUUUUGUUUUUGAAUUUCAAUGUUAACCUGUAGUGCUACAGUAGGAAUAACUUAUCUUCAAGAUACCUGGAAGUGUCGGCAUCCAAGUACAGUAGUUCCCUUGUUCCUGAUGGUUAUAAUAAUAAUAAUAAUAAUCCAUACGGUGUUUUUGUUCUUUCCAAAGCACACUUAUGGUCUAAUGUAUUGCCUUUUUAAAUUCCAUUUAUUUAAUGAUUGAGUCACUAACUGUGAUGACCUGGUUUGGAGGCUGUGUAGCAUAUAAAUAGACAGAGAGGUUUGACUAGUUGUGGUUUGCUCAGAGACUAGAGAUCCCUGCAUACGGUACCUUUAUAUUCACCAUUCUCUAAUAAAUCCCUAAACCCUAAAA